AUGCUAGCCCAAAGCACGGAGAGCUCGGACUAUCUUCUCUGUUCCUCAACCGGGUGGGUCUGCUUGACCUCACCAUUGCCCCUAUCCCAUUUUUAA